UUUUCCCGUUCCUCAUUCUUCUUCUUAGCUUUUCUCUGGCCAGUGUUUUUUCCUUCCCUUGUUUUCCUAUUACCAGGUCCUACCUACCUGACGCAUAGCAUCAGGGCAGAAUACCUAGUAUAUAUAAUGCUAUGAUUUGUUCGAAUAUCUGAAGUUUAAUAUUGCAUCAUUUUAUAUUCUUUUACUUUAUUUAUUGUAGAUCAAUAACAAUGGUAUACGUAUUACAUAUUUUGAAGUCAUUUAGGAGGUGUUUGGUUAACAUUCCGAAGUUGAAAUGGGAAUUUUAAUCAUAAGACCCCACUAUAUUAUUAUGGGUUUUCGUCAUUCUCCUUCAGUAUUGGUUUGAAAAUAGAAAGGGUAAAGAUUAUUUAGUAACAUGUCCAUUUUCCGAGGCAUAGUUAUAGAUGCACCAGAUAAUCUCCAUAAUUCGAUAUAUUGUCCUAGCAUAAAAGACCAAAAAUACUCCGUGGCUAGAAAGCCUCAGAAUGUGAGUAUCCCUUUAUCAUUUGCCUCACUAAUCUCUUGUAUAUAUCAGCCUUUUUUUGCAUCCACUAUGUGGAAGUUGAGAAUUGCUGAAGGCAGCGGCCCAUGGCUGACCACAACCAACGGCCAUGUGGGACGGCAGCACUGGGAAUUUGACCCAGAUGCCGGAACUCCUGAAGAACGAGCUCAAGUAGAUAAAGUGCGUGAGGAGUUCAGAAAGAACGGAUUUCGAAGGCAGCAAAGUGCCGACCUCCUAAUGCGCAUGCAGCUAAGAAAGGAGAAUUCACCUUGUCCUCCAAUGCCACCGCCAGUUAAUGUUAAAGAAACAGAUGAUGUUACAGAGGAGGCCGUCACAACUACGCUCAGGAGAGGAAUAAGCUUCUUCUCAACCCUUCAGGCUAACGAUGGACACUGGCCUGCUGAAUCUGCUGGCCUCUUUUCUUCCUACCUCCAUUAGUCAUGGCCUUGUACAUCACGGGUACACUCAAUAUGAUUCUGUCUUACGAGCAUCAGAAGGAGAUAAUCCGUUACAUAUACAAUCAUCAGAAUGAAGAUGGAGGCUGGGGAUUACAUAUAGAAGGUCACAGCAUUAUGUUUGGUUCAGUCUUUAACUACAUUACAUUAAGGUUGCUAGGAGAAGGACCUGAAGAUGGAGAACAUAUGGCCAUGGCCAGAGGUCGCAAAUGGAUCCUUGACCAUGGUGGUGCGGUUGCAAUACCAUCCUGGGGAAAGUUUUGGCUCUCGGUUCUUGGACUUUAUGAUUGGGCAGGCUGUAAUCCAGUGCCUCCAGAGUUUUGGCUGAUUCCCAAAUUCUUCCCAAUUCACCCAGCACAAAUGAUAUGCUAUAGUCGCCUGGUUUACAUGCCAAUGUCAUAUUUGUAUGGGAAACGGUUUGUUGGGGCUAUCACUAGACUGGUGCAUUCUCUAAGAGAUGAGUUGUACAUACAACCAUAUCAUCAAAUCAAUUGGAGCAGAACACGAUAUACCUGUGCAAAGGUCGGCCCAAAUUAUCCCGUGUUUUAAUUUUUCUUUUAAUGC